AGGCUGAUAUAUGGUCACUGGGUAUUACUGCAAUUGAGCUAGCUAAAGGUGAACCUCCUAAUUCAGAGUUACAUCCAAUGCGUGUACUAUUUCUCAUUCCUAAAAAUAACCCACCACAAUUAACUGGAAACUAUAGUAAAGCAUUUAAAGAAUUUGUUGAAGCAUGUUUAAAUAAAGAUCCAGAAAAUAGACCAACUGCCAAAGAGUUAUUAAAAUUUCCUUUUGUACGUAAAGCAAAAAAAAGUGCGUACUUAGUAGAUUUAAUUGAUCGAUAUAAAAAAUGGAAGUCACAGCGUGGAGGUCGAGGAGGUGGUGAUAGUGAUGAUGAUGACGACAGUGAUGGUCCAGAUGGUGGUGGAGGAGGAGGAUCAGAUGGAUCUGAUGCGUGAGUGUUAUUUAUUCUAGAAAC